AUGGCGCCCGGAAAACGCAAGGUCAAGUUCCUUCUGCCCAAGUCAUAUAUCACUCAAGGAAAGGUUCCGAGGAAGGUGUUUGACAUAGGAGUUCUCAAUCUGGAAACAAUCUUCCCCAAAGAAGAGCGCGAAUUCAUCGUGACGAGGAGACGUAGAAACAAGCAGGAAAUGUCGGACGAUUCCGAUUCGUUCGACUACUACUCCCGCGUAAGGCAGAGAGAGGAAGUGAUGUUUGGAGAACAGUGA